AUGGGGUACAUUGACGGCGGGAUUUUUUUUUCCCUUUGUCUGUCUCUUGUUUCUUCCCCCCCCUCUCUUCUAUCUUUUCAUCCCCUGGUUCUCGUUCUGAAAAACUACAGACUCGACACAUUCGCACGCAUACGGGGGAAAAACCACAUGCGUGGGUGCCGGUGCCGGUGCGAGUGGAGUGGGAGUUUGAGUGUGGAGGUGGUCCGAGUGGGUUCGGGUGCGGAUGGGGAAGGGAUAAGUGUCGUGUCUGGAGGGAGGCGCAAAGGGAGGCGGGGGAGGAGAGGUGCUGACAGUACGAGUGAUGAUGAGCGCUAUUGGGAUUUUCGAUUCUUGCCUACUCCAACUGGGACGCCCUCUCAGUCUCGGCGUGUUUCGCCCGAACCACCCCAUCAGUCUCACGCCGCACAUAAUGGCAGUUUCUCCUCAUCCAAGCGUUCCGGUCCGGCGGCGACACGCUCAAGGUCAAAAGGUAGGGGAAAAGGAGGGGUUGUGAUGCAGUCGAAUCUGACGGCAGGGAUCUCGCCUUCGCGCUCCCAACAUCUACGCACGGGGUCGGGUGCUGUUGCUGGUCUUGCGCCCACACAUCCACAAGGUGACCUUUCCGCACUGUCGCUCCUGGCUGCUUCGGAGCUUCUUGAGCUAGAGCGAACCGAAGCUGCAAGGAGAGCGGAGUACGAAUCAAAGCAUCGUGAUUUACUCGCUGCCGUUGCAAGCGUUGGAGGACACAUGCCUCCUACUUCGCGCCAUCUUCAUCCUCACCCUCUUUCUCAUCCUCCCCAUCACUCACAUCCACCCCCUCACGCCGCUUCUCAAUUCAGUUCUGGAUCUUCGACGCCCAUGACGCUUGAAGGGUGUACGAUUGGAUCUAAUGGGUUCGUGGCACCUGGUCCGCCCCCUGCAUGUCAUCACGACGACUGUCACAAAAGUUAUAGAAGUGCGCUUAAAGCAUCGAGUCGGCUUGGCGUUGCUGCUGCUGCGCGGGGCAACACAGUUGGGUUAAGUAGUAGUCUAGAAGAAGGAUCGAAGGGGGCGUUCUUGGGGAGACCUCAGUUUGCUGGACAUUUGUCUGAUGAAGGGCGUUCUGGGACGAUGGCAGGACAGCCGCAUCCACCUUCUCCUCAUUCGGCGACAGAGUCGGAUUUAUCUUUGGCGGCUUACAAUAAUAAUAGUCGACAUCUUACGCAAGGUGGACAGGGCCAGUCUUCCUCGUGGCGCUCCCCGUCGUUGUCGUCUUCGCAAGCCCAUCCAUCAUCGACGAAAUCGUCGACUGUUUUGCCUUCGAUUCCUAUUGCCACGCCGCUUACUUCGCAGCCUUCAACACCGUUUUGGACUCCGAACGCUAGCCCUGUGCUUGGACCCUUCAAGGGGCUGCACAUUAUGGAUUGGAGCAGUCGUGCUGGGAGUAGAGCAGGGAGUCCGGGGCCGUUUUUGCCUCCUGUUGCAGGCACUAACAGUGUAGGUCCGACUGGAGGAGGCUAUGGGGAGGCGUUGAAAGGGACGGCGUCCAGCGAGAGUACCGUCCGAGACGAAGUUCAUGUCAAGUCGGAGGAUGCAGAGAUGGAUGUGGACGAUAGUUAUAAACAGGUUCAUCAAGAGGCACCUCGACGUGGGUAUCGCGUCGCAGAUAUUCUCAAUGGGCCUUCGAGUCCGUCGUUGCCGAUGUAUGGUGAUCCAGCCGACCGACAUCACCCACGGGCGAAAGGGGUCCCCACUAUCAUCAUCACCAUCAUGUCUAUCGUCAUCCUCACCCUCAACAUCACGGCGGAUCGAGACGUACGAACGGUCAAUCGCCGCCUCAUAAUAGAGGCCAUUUUGCGAUUCUGCAUUCGCCGAGUCAUAGCCAUCUCGCUCACUCGCGAUGGAAGUGCUAGCGUACGGGAUGAAGAGCUCGAGUUACCCCCAUUGAGAUUGCCGCUUGGUGAUGCGUCUGCCUCUGGACCUACGGCUAUCCCCGUCCACCCUGCAGCUCCGGAACGGAAACCUGGGUCAAGGCUUGAUUUGGCAAGGAUAGCGUAG